GACUUGGGUAGAUGCCGCGAAGGCCUCUCAAAGGCGGCCCUGUUUGCAAAGAUCUGGAUAAGGCACCUCCAGGGGAACCGGCCUGGGGCAACUGGGGAGGAGGCAGCGGCACAAGUUCGUGGUCAAGCCACUGCAAGGCUGGCAGCUUACCUACAAAGCAAUGUUCCUCCAUCCACAAAGACGCAGUAGCUGCUCCAACCUGGGUCAGAAGACCCCCGGAAACGUCUAAGCCCACGCACUGCCCUCUGACCCCACUGCCUUCCCGCCAGUACUGCAUCCAAUCAGAGGGCCCUCUCUGAGCCUGCUGCCUUCUCUCCAAUCCUGCAUCCAAUCAGAGGGCGUCCCCACUACGUGAGUUGCACAACGGCCAAUUGAAACUAGGAUCCGAGCCUUGGCCUGCCUCCCAGGAGCUCCGGACCAAUGGUGGCCUGGCACCAGCAGGACAAUCCCAGACAGCGUGCGGCGGGAGGCUGUAGUUGGGCGUGCGCAGCUGCAGCGGAGGUUGAGGUCAAGUAGUAGCGUUGGGCAGAGGCAGCGGAGGAGCUCAGCAUGCGUGAGUGUAUCUCUAUCCACGUGGGGCAGGCAGGUGUCCAGAUCGGCAAUGCCUGCUGGGAACUAUACUGCCUUGAACAUGGAAUUCAGCCCGAUGGUCAGAUGCCAAGUGAUAAAACCAUUGGUGGCGGGGACGACUCCUUCAACACGUUCUUCAGUGAGACUGGAGCUGGCAAGCACGUGCCCAGAGCAGUGUUUGUGGACCUGGAGCCCACUGUGGUCGAUGAAGUGCGCACAGGAACCUAUAGGCAGCUCUUCCACCCAGAGCAGCUCAUCACCGGGAAGGAAGAUGCGGCCAAUAAUUACGCCAGAGGCCAUUACACCAUCGGCAAGGAGAUCGUCGACCUGGUCCUGGACCGCAUCCGCAAACUGGCGGAUCUGUGCACAGGACUGCAGGGCUUCCUCAUUUUCCACAGCUUUGGGGGCGGCACUGGCUCUGGGUUCGCAUCUCUGCUCAUGGAGCGGCUCUCAGUGGAUUACGGCAAGAAGUCCAAGCUAGAGUUUGCCAUUUACCCAGCCCCCCAGGUCUCCACGGCUGUGGUGGAGCCCUACAACUCCAUCCUGACCACCCACACGACCCUGGAACAUUCUGACUGUGCCUUCAUGGUCGACAAUGAAGCCAUCUAUGACAUAUGUCGGCGCAACCUGGACAUCGAGCGUCCCACGUACACCAACCUCAAUCGUCUGAUUGGGCAGAUCGUGUCCUCCAUCACGGCCUCCCUGCGAUUCGACGGGGCCCUGAAUGUGGACUUGACAGAAUUCCAGACCAACCUAGUGCCGUACCCCCGCAUCCACUUCCCCCUGGCCACCUACGCCCCGGUCAUCUCAGCCGAGAAGGCCUACCACGAGCAGCUGUCCGUGGCCGAGAUCACCAAUGCCUGCUUCGAGCCAGCCAAUCAGAUGGUCAAGUGUGACCCUCGCCACGGCAAGUACAUGGCCUGCUGCAUGUUGUACAGGGGGGAUGUGGUCCCGAAAGAUGUCAACGCGGCCAUCGCCACCAUCAAGACCAAGCGCACCAUCCAGUUUGUGGAUUGGUGCCCGACUGGAUUUAAGGUGGGCAUUAACUACCAGCCCCCCACGGUGGUCCCUGGGGGAGACCUGGCCAAGGUGCAGCGGGCUGUGUGCAUGCUGAGCAACACCACGGCCAUCGCGGAGGCCUGGGCUCGCCUGGACCAUAAGUUCGAUCUCAUGUAUGCCAAGCGGGCCUUUGUGCACUGGUACGUGGGAGAAGGCAUGGAGGAGGGGGAGUUCUCCGAGGCCCGCGAGGACCUGGCAGCUCUGGAGAAGGAUUAUGAAGAGGUGGGCGUGGAUUCCGUGGAAGCUGAGGCUGAAGAAGGUGAAGAAUACUGAGGGGAGGGUGUGGUGGGUUCUCCACUGCCAACCCCAGCAUGGCUGCUUUCAAGUUCUUUGCAAUUAAAGGUUCUGUAUAAAACCAAGA